AUGGCGCGUCUCUUCAUCUCUCUCGUUGCCCUCGCGGCUUUAGCCCCACUCGCAAGCGCAGGCAUCUCCUUUACAGAACCCGCCGCGGGUGCCAAACUGACGGCAGGCACUGCGCUCACGGUCAAGUGGAAGGAAGGUGGUGAAGGGCCCUCCAUCUCCGACCUGCAGAGCUACCAGCUCUUUCUGAUGGCCGGAGGAAACGAAGCCACUGAGCAGAUUCAACUAGCCGUCAUCACGACCAUGGGCAGCUUUGCAACGGGCAACACAGCUUCAGGCCUGGUGCAGGCAAGCGUAGGAGGCAAGACAGACAAGCCAGCCUAUACUCUUUCUAGUUUCCUCAAAAUGGUUGCAGUCGCCAAAACAGGCGGCCAGCUGACGACCUACUCCGAUCGCUUUUCUUACUCGGGCAUGACGGGCGUGUUUCCCGCGCCCGUGCAGACUGCCCUCGCAGAUAUCACUGACACGGCUGGACCCAAGGCUGUGGACGAAACAGGUACAGACAAGGCUGCACCUGACCCCGCUGGCGGUGCAUACGAUGUCGAGUACACGAUGCAAACCGGGCCCACCAGAUACGCGCCCAUGCAGCCCAUCCCCCCAACCAAAAUCACCGCGACCAACACAAAGCCAUUAUACCCCACAAGCAGCGUCGUCAUUGCGACCACACAGCUGCCCAUUCCCAAGAUCCAGACGACACUCACCCAAAGUCAAACCUUUUCCGUUCAGAGCAGAGAGAAUACGGUCGCGCCCGCACCUCACCCAACUGACGACAUGGCCAAGUUCCUCAACCGAUGGAAGGACUAG